ACUCAAACCAAAUAACAAUAAAAUUCUCCUUCUUGUCCAAAAGUACAAACAAAUUUUAUUCUUAAUAAAGAAAAAGGAAAAAGAAAUUAAACAAGAAGAUGGAGUUGCUUUCCACCUUUACCCCCUUCUUUUUCUCCUCCCUCCAAAUUUAAAACCCUACUGAUUCCCCCAAUUCAUAAUUCAUUGUUCUUCUUGAUUCUCACAGUGUCUCUCAACCAGCUUUACUCCUCAACAAAAAAAAGCCCCUCAAUUCCUGAACACUUUGUUCCGGUCCGCCAUAGCCAAAGCUCUUGAUUGUCCAAUUUUCUCCAUACUCCAUUCCAAUGGCUCCCAUUGAUCCUCACUCCUACACCGACUCAACCCAACCCCUCACAACCCACAUCUCCCUCUCCCUCUAUUUCGAUUUCCCUUCAUCCACCAUCCACACCUCCACUCUCAUCUCCCUCCCCAAACCCCACUCCGGUCCUUUCACUCUGGACACCAGAACCCUCUCCAUAGCCUCGGUUCUUGAUCCCACUUCUCUUUCCCCACUGCCCUUUACCCUUAAUCCAUCAACCCCUGAUCCGGUUUUAGGCCAAGCCCUGAUUGUGACACUCUCCGGCCAAUCCCAGGUUCUUGUUAUUUCCAAGACUUCAACUUUAAGCUCAGCCCUUCAAUGGCUUUCCCCUCCCCAGACUUUUAAUAAAGCCUUGCCUUUUGUGUACACCCAAUGUCAAUCUAUCCAUGCCAGGUCGAUUUUCCCUUGCCAGGAUACCCCUGCUGCCCGCGUUUGUUAUGAUGCGAAGUUGAAUAUUCCCAGGCAGCUUUCUGCUGUUAUGUCCGCCAAGCAUCUCCACCGGCGGGAACCGUUGGGCUUCGGUGACGCUAAGGGGGCUUGUGAUGAUUCUGUUUGGUGUGGUGCGGAUAGAGUUGUGGAGGAAUUCGUGAUGGAGCAGCCUAUUCCUCCUCAUUUGUUUGCCUUUGCUGUUGGAGAGUUGGGGUUCAGGGAGGUGGGCCCACGCACCCGGGUCUACUCCGAGGCAGCUCCGGCGGUGUUGGAUGCUGCUGCGAGGGAGUUUGCUGGGACAGAGGAAAUGAUUAGGGUUGGGGAGAGGCUUUUUGGACCUUACGAUUGGGAAAGGUUUGAUUUGUUGGUGUUGCCCCCAAGUUUUCCUUAUGGAGGGAUGGAGAAUCCUCGGAUGGUUUUUCUGACACCAACUGUUAUCAAAGGGGAUGCCACUGGGGCUCAGGUGGUGGCACAUGAGCUUGCUCAUAGCUGGACAGGGAAUUUGAUUACUAACAAGACCAAUGAUCAUUUCUGGUUGAAUGAGGGAUUUACUACAUAUGCCGAGCGGAGAAUUGUUGAAGCUGUUCAGGGAGAAGACAUUGCUGCACUGAAUGUUGGAAUUGGGUGGAGGGGACUUGUCGAUGAAAUGGAAAGAUUUAAGGAUAAUAUGGAGUUCACCAAACUGAAAACAAAUCAGGAAGGAGUGGACCCAGAUGAUGUAUAUUCACAGGUUCCAUAUGAAAAAGGGUUCCAGUUUUUGUGGCGCAUUGAGAGACAGAUUGGAAGACCAGCAUUUGAUGACUUUCUCAAGAAAUACAUCGCGACAUUCAAAUUCCAGUCCAUUGAUACUGAUACUUUUCUCAAUUUCCUGAAAGCAAAUCUCCCCGGCAUAGAAAAUCAGAUUGAUUUGAUUGCUUGGACUGAAGGUACUGGUAUCCCAACUGAUGCCAUGGAGCCAGUAUCUAAUAUUUAUACGAAGAUCGUGACACUAGCUAAUGAAUUUAAAGUUGGGAGGAUGCCAAGGGAGGAUGAAGUUGCUGAAUGGCAUGGGCAAGAAUGGGAGCUGUAUUUGGAGAACCUGUCCAAAUCUGUUGAAGCUUCACAGCUCCAAGCUUUGGAUGCUCGCUAUAGGCUCUCGGAAUCUAAAGAUUUUGAAGUCAAGGUGGCUUUUCUUCAGUUGGCAAUAUCAUCCAGGUGCAAAGACUACUAUGCCGAGGUGGAGAGAACUCUGAAAGAGGUUGGGAGGAUGAAGUACCUCCGCCCACUUUACACUGCUCUUGUUCAAGGUGCAGGAAAGGAGGAAGAGAAAACUUUCGCUAAAAGGGUAUUUGCAGAGGCUCGUGACGGUUAUCACCCUAUAGCUCAAGGUGUUGUUGAGGCAAUUCUAGCCAAAUUUGUGUAAGGUAUUAGAUGUUAAAGAUAAAUGCACCAACUUAAUUGACUAGACCUCUUGGCUUCUUAGAUUUACUUUGCUGGUGCUUUGAAUGCUCAGUCCAUCUUGCUUUGUAAUAUAGUUUAUUUAACUUCAAGGAUUUUGAUGAUCUUGGUGCCUAGCUGUUUCUUUUAGAGGCCAAAUAAAUGUAAAUAAGCUGAAGUCUUCUGAACUUCAUUGUAGUGAACACCAAGCGUAGUUAAAAUGCAGCGCAGUUAACUGAUACUGCCUUCAUGAGCAGACGCUUAUUAUUCUUUUACAACUCUAUUUCUUAAUCAUUCUCCAUGGUUAGAGUGCUCCAUGGCCUAUUAUUGAUGUUUUUUGGUUCUGGAUUUGUAAAAGAGUUGUGUUGUUCCUCUUAAAUCUGGAAAUAUUGGUUUGUAGAUAUCCAAAUCUUAUUUUGGG